AUGGCGGCUCGUCGACUAAUCUUAGGAACGAGAACAAGUUCGAAUUCAUUUGGGCAUCAAGUUUCGCUCUUGAGAAAAUUGAAGAGCACUAGAAAUUUCAGCUUAAAUACUAAUUACCUUUCAAAUGGGAGCAGUUUUCCCGUUCGAAGUGAUUGUAUGUUACCCAAAGACUGCUUCAAGAGCAAGACGGCUUUUAUUACCGGGGGUGGUACAGGUUUGGGAAAAGGCAUGGUAAAAAUGCUGUCUGAACGUGGUGCAACUGUGGUGAUAUCCAGCAGGUAUCUUUAUUGUAUUAAUGUUGUUGAAAUUACUAUAUAUAGUAGAAGUUUGAUACAGAGGCAUUUUUAGGAUCUUUAGGGAAAGUUCAUUUAAUAUGACAAGGGGGGGGAUGAAGAUAUUGAGGGGGGGCUCGGAAAAUUUUUAGACACCCGAAGGGGGGGCUCUGAAAAAAUUGUUGCGCUAGGAGGGGGGGCUCCGAAAAUUUGUAUACUUCAAAACCAACACAUGAUCGGCAUGACAUCAUCAUACAGAUCGGAUGGUUUUCAACUCAACAAUUUAAUGACCUGUGCAACUCAGCUAUAUCACGUGGUUUACAGAUAUAACAAAUCUAGUCUCAGUAACUAUUACACUCUUGUUCAUCCCAAAAAUGCUUUAGAAAAUUGUAUCACAACUGUAUCUCAAGUUUGUCAUAGUAUAAACCAUUGAAGACAAUAACGGUUAAUAUAUUUAAUACAGUCUAGCGAUCUUUCUUCAGGGGAGCAAAGGAAUUGAAGCAGGAGGGGGGGGGCUCUGAAAUUUUUUAGACUUCCAAGGAGGGGGCUCCUAAAAAAUUGAACCGCUAGCGAGGAGGGCUGCUAAAAUUUCAAGCUUCGAGUUUCAAUAUCUUCAUCCCCCCUCCUUGUCAUAUUAAAUGAACUUUCCCUUAACAUCCCCUCGUAAGUCAGUUGGGAAGGAUGCCCGAUGGGGAGUGGGAACCCGUGCGAAUAGGGGGCAGGAGGCCGGGCCGCAGGUGGGUGGUAAGAGCUUUAAACGGGUGGGAAGUGAAAAAAGGGUUAAAGGGAGGAAGCCGAGAAAAUAGGUGCAGGAGCUGGGAAAUAUGCAAGAUAUGGGAGAUGGGAGGUUUGGACCCCCUGUCCUUCCCCCACCUUUAACCCUACCCCUCCCCCACACUUUUAGGGUGCAACAAAAUAUUAAGAAAUUAUCUGGAAUUUAAGGAUGUCACAUUAUUUUGUGCCCGGACUACUUCUAUCCCUAUACUAUUUCUGAUCAGAGACAUACCAUAAAAUUCCGAAAAUAAGCCCCGGGGCUUACAUUUUUCAAAGGCCCUUUUUGAGGGGCUUAUUUUUGGAGGGGCUUAUCUAUGGACAGAAAUUUGCGUUUCAAAAUCGAUUGGGCUAGCGUUAUAGUUGGAAGUAAAUUAAACAUUUUUGCUUUGUUUUACUUUGUAUUUGAGGGCAAUUUUCCAAGUACAAGCCCCUGGGGGCUUAUAUUUGGAGGGGCUUAUACAUGGAGGGGCUUAUUUUCGGAAUUUUACGGUAUGUCUCUAUAACCAGAUUGAAUGAUGUAUGUCCUAUGCAGAGCACAUAAUAAGUCCCUAGUCUAUUUUUUGUACUGCGAGCUGAUGUUAUGGCCCAUUAGCUUUCAGUACAAAAGAUAGUUAUUGUAUACCAGGCCAACUCUCACACAUUAUGUUUGACUGUCUCACCUUCAGACUAAGGAUGCUAAUCUCACACAUCAAGGGCUAUUUUAAUCUCGUACCCAGAUCUCUACCCUGCGAACAGAGGCUAUAUUUUUGCUGUGUGAGCUGGCAUGUGAAACGUAGCCCCUGCCAACAACCGUUCAAUUUUCUAUCAUGCAGGCGCAAAAUUCAUCACGCGAUUCACAAGCAAAACUAAUGGUCAGGUCUGUCAUCAAAUGGCGCGCGUUUCGUGGGAAUAAAAAUAAUUGCGACAACUCUGAUCUGCUAUGCAACACUCAUGCAAACUCUAAACUGGUCAAGAACAGGAAAAAGCCCGUUUUUUAAAUUUAUUUGUCCAGAUUUCCGGACAGAUUUGAACGAUUGUUGGCAGAGGCUACUUUUUGCACGCCAGCCCACACAGCGAGAAUGAAGCCUCUGCUUGCAGGGUACCAGAUCUCUUGCUCUUGAAGCCGAAGGCAAGAUCAGGUCAAAUAAGAAAAUUCAGUUUUUUUGAUUUGCUAGAUUGUGAACGAGUGACGUGAGUGUUGUCUCCUGCACGUGCUAUGGCGUGUGCAAUUCAUUCUUUACGAAGUCUUCAGUUCUGCUCAAAUAAAUAUUUAUUCAGUUUUCCCUGAAAAUACUCCAAAAGGCCCUUAAUUUUGACUUUGUGUCCAUACUGUAUCACAUGCAACACACUAAAUAAUAUUGUUAUAUUCCUAGAAUUUCACUCAACUAAACAGGGACUGCCAUUGGUUGAUUCUUGGUCACGUGGCCUUGACUAAAAUCAAAUGUAUCCCAAUCGUGAUACAUUAAACAAUGUAUCCCGCUCGGGAUACAUUGCAGCAAGUGAUCAAAGCAUGGUGGAAAGUGGCGUGACAGAAGGCGGGAAAAACACCGCCAGGUCCUGCCAGUUUUCUUUUUCGUGAAUGAACACAACAACACAAUCACGAAGCCUCAAGCUAAAAAGCAACCAUUUUUAAAGUUAUCCCAGAAGUUCCCAGUCGAACAAAAACAGCAGCUAGUGGAGGAAAAAGAUGCAGAUGAUAUAAGGAAAGUACUUUUGUAUGUAAAUCAUUCAUUCAGUGGUUUUGAGAAUUAAAUUUGUGUUGUUAUAAGUACCGAGUCGACUGUUUUGGUUCGUUUUGGUUCGCUCCGGUUAUUCUUUUGUUGCUGUUGAAGUGAAAGUUCUAGAAAUAUAACAAAACACUUAAUGUCAGAUCCCUCAGGAAACCAGUUAGUUUUGUUUUCCCGAGGGUCCUGAUGUUUCCCGAGACGAAGUCGAGGGAAACAUCAGGACUCGAGGGAAAACAAAACUAACUGUUUCCCUUGGGAUCUGACAUUAAGUGUAUAUUGUUGCCUUUUAAAUAACUUCAGAAGUGCUCAAAGGUCAUCUGAACAUCUUGGGACAUUUUUGGCAACGUUUGACAUCUUUAGAUCAUCAUCGGAAAUCUCUGGAAGUCGUAGGAACAUUUUUGGAAAUUCUAGACAUUAAAAGGCGAAAAUCUCAUGCAUUUAACUCAAGAAAAAUUGGGUAAAUAUAGACUAUAUGGACUCGUGUUCACAGUGUCAAUUUUCAAAAGUGAUGAUAAAGAAAAACUUGAAAAUUACAUAAGAGGAAAAGGACCAAAAAUGGGAGUAUUUAAUAGAUUAAAGUAAUUAAUACAAUAUUUAUUAUUGUAGGAAACUUGAAGUCCUUGAAAAGACAGCUGAGGAAAUUUCCAAAGAGACAGGAAAUAAAGUAAGCCUAUAACAUUAAUUUUUGCCAUUUCACAAUUCUGCAAUUUGAUCCUUUAAACAAAAAGAGUGAGAAAAAAAGGCCUGCCUGUGAUAUCCUUGAACUAUUUAAUAAAAAUAUUAAAGUGAUGGAGGAAGAAAAGAAAUACUAUUAAUGGAGUGACUGGCUGCUUAUUUUGGGUUUCAAACCUGUCAAAAAUAGAUGGGUGUGGGGAAGGUGCCUGGUAAAACAGAAAGGAGCAACAAGUGAACAGAAGGUAACCAUGACAACCUCGUGAGUGGCACCAACCAGGCGCCAUCACAAUGAGAACCUCGGUGGAGAAAUGCGCAGAUACUUACCAAAAAAACAUGAGAAGAGAAGGGAGGGCUAGGAGCAAAAACAGCUAGAAUUACUUCUUGUGAAAGCAACAUAAUGAAAAUGAUUGACUUCAGCAAAAGUGCUACAGAACUGCAAAAGCCCAAGAUCACGCCAUAUUAUAUUAUAUGAUUAUUGAUGGAGACCGCUAGCCAGCAUUGUCUGUCUGGUGUUUAACCUCACCUAAAUUAAAUUUAGCAACAUUUUAGGGUGCCUUAUAUAGAGUCCAUAGAGUAUACGCGUAGGUCAUCCAUUUGAGGAAAAAUACAGUUAAAACCUCUCCACAACAUGUCCCUUGGUGACAGGUAGGUAAAUGACCACUGUUGUCUGUAGAAAAAUUGCUGUGUAGUAGAGGAGAGAAUUUGUUGGGACAAAAAAACUGUGAUGUACCAACACUAUAAAGAAGUCUAAGUGAAGUCCUCUCUAAGGAUGCGUGAUUUAAUUCAGUGGAGCCUUUCUGCUGCAUUAUGUGACCUCCUAGAAAUUCCACAUAUAAUUUUCCAAUAUUUUUUGUACCUUAUAUCAAAAGGCUUUUAACAAAGAGUGGCCAUUGUAAAAAGUCAUUCAUUAGUGGAGAUUUGACUUUGUAUGUGCAUAGUCCCUUGUGUAUAAUUGACCAAAUUAUUGCAGAAAACUGUAAUAUUAAACUGUAGAUCUGGUUAUAAGAUUGGUAUUCCUCACACCGUUAAGUAACCUAGCUUCAGUUUUCAGGUUUUACCAGUUGUUGCAGAUGUACGAGAUCCAUCUCAAGUGGCUGCCGCCAUCGACUUUUGUGAGAAACAGUGUGGUCUCCCUGACAUUAUCAUCAAUAACGCCGCAGGGAAUUUUGUAUCCCCAUUUGAAAGACUGUCAGCAAAUGCAUGGAAAACUGUGAUUGAUAUUGUACUCAAUGGCACUGCUUAUGUGACAUUGGACAUUGGAAAGAGGCUUAUCAAAGCACAAAAAGGUUUGCUGAUUUUGGAUACCAUCUGGAUAAUUUUAUGAAAAUAAAUAUUAUAAAUAGCACAUUUAAAUAUAAGCGAAGAAUAAAACUACAGUGCAUCUCGUAUAGGGUUACAACUUUUGUAACUAUGGAGAACACCCUCUAGGCUUUGCACCCUCAGCUUGGAGGCAGGAAAUGUUGUUUGGGGGGUAGCCUCUCACACAGACAUUCUUUUGGCUUAUCACGCAAUCCUGUCAACCCCUAAGACUGGAAUGUCUGCAGGGAUGCUACUUACGGAGAGAGGUACUCUCUCAUAAAAAAGAUAAGACCCAUGUGCAGGUCUGUGUAAUUGGUCAAAAGCAUUCAACUAUGUUGUUGGCUGGAUUCAUUCCACUCUAGUAAAAGCGUUUGGAGGGCACAUAUAAGCACUAGAAUUUACACAGGUUGUGGGUUGAGAAGUUGUAGGGUACAGGCCACUCCUCACCAUCCCUAAUAUAAAUUUUCCUUUCUUAUCCUCACUCCAUUGUCUGCAAAAUUCCACAUGCUCUCCUCAGUCUUUCUCUGCUUUCAAAAUCAAAGGUUGCAGCCAGUUGCCUGUAUGGCAUGAGAUGCUUAUUUGAAAACAAGCUGUCUGCCCUAGGUAAAGUAAGUGACACUGGCCACUUUGAGAAAGCUUUUAGAUGACCAGGAGGGCUUCUGACUCGCCUAUAAGUUCCAGUGUUUUGACUGCAUGAAUGCUUUAUCUCUAACCCAAUUUUAGCUGCAAACUUUCUGGCUAUAACCACCAUUUAUGCCAAGUCAGGUUCUGGGUAUGUUGUACCAUCAGCAGCUGCUAAGGCUGGAGUAGAAACAAUGACCAGGUAGUAAUCUCACUGUUGUAUUGUUCUCUUUUGUCAUCAUGCAUCCAAGCAAAAUAGUUUUUCACCAGAUUAAACAGUUUUACACUCAUUUAUAUGAUAGGAGAAUGAAAUAAAAAAAGAUGCCCAAAAAGAUGAAAGACACUACACAGCUCAUGCCAAACUCAACUAAGAGUACUUUCCAUUGGAAUGAUCAAAUCAGGAUCAGUCAUCUAAGAUCACUUAGAUCAUGGUAAAUUAACUUGCGAUCAGGCGAUUUUUUUUUUCUAAAUCGCUUGAUCGCAGGUUAAUGGUAAAUCAAAUGAACCGAUCAGUCCUUUCCCAGGCACGAUUAGUGGUUUCCUUUGACGUUUCAUGAUCUGAGUGAUCCUGGAUCACUGAUAUAUUUUUUAUAUAUAUCCUGAUUUAGAUCACCCCAGUGAAACGUAACCUGCGAUCAGGUGUUCUAUUUUUUUGUUGAACAUGACAUUUCAGAUUUAUGUUCGUUUUUAGAUCACUUGCAGCAGAGUGGGGAAAAUAUGGAAUGAGGUUUAAUGCCAUUGCACCAGGUCCUAUUGAGACAAAGGUAAUGACUGUUAAUUCAGUUAACUUGAUAACAAACACAAAUGUAUCAAUAUUAUAAUAAUCAUAUUGCUGCAUUUGCACUGCAAGGUCAUAGCUAGGAUGAGGCACACCGAGGCAAUUUUUUUCUUUUUGUGUCUUAAGAAAAUCACUUGGCUGUUUUAAGAGUCUCUACAUUAAAAAAUAAAUCUUGAGUAUGAUUUUGCCUUCUUUUGGUAACAAUUUGCAGAGUUGUUAGAGAACCUGUUAAGUUCUUUAAGUUACUUCCAGUGAGCAAAGUCUGGACAUUUAUGUUAAAUAGGUAGCCAUUACUUUCACCUGUCAGCGCUAUUUAUUUGAAAUUCUUUGGUACAUGUCUCUGCCAGUGGACUAUGUCUCUCUGUUAUCAAUCAUCACAGACUCAACUGUUAUGAAAGACAAAGCAUUUUCAAUAUUAUGGAGACAGAGAAAGUUCAAGCUGAGAACACCCCUUUCUCUAUCCCUCAGCACGGUUACUUGCAGAUUAUUUCAUUUUUCAGUUUGCUUUGUCCCUGGGAAAAGCCCUUCCUUACAUUUUCUCUCAAUUCAAGCUGCUCAGGGACUUGUCAGAAAUUAGCAGGUGGGGGGGGGUGGAAACAGAGGGAGGGUCACAACUUUUUGAGACUGCAGAAAAGGGAGGGGUCAUGAAAAAUGGGCUGUUAAAAGGGGAAGGGUCAUGCAAAUAUGUGUCCGUGAUCAUGUAGAGGUUCACCCACAGAAGAAAAAAGAAGUUCUUUACUUUGUAAAAAAAACUUGUGAGAAAUAGGAGAGUCAAGUGAUCAGCUGUCAGAAUCGGAGUCGGACUCUUAAUGCUGUCAUCUAAAAUCUAUGUAUAUGGCAUUACAAAGAACAGAUUAGAAAGAUAUUUUGCACUUUCAUAAUACUGACUCACCCUAGUGUAUUGCAAGCCCUAGAUUUUAUCAUUGUACUAGAGGGGGAGGGUCAUGAUAUUUUAGGCCAAGGUCAAGGGGAGGGUUAGCAAAUUUCACUCCCAUAGCAGGGAUGGGUUACCUCAUUUCCGAACCCAAAUUUAAAAUUUCCACCCCCACUCCCUCCCCCCUGCUAAUUUCUGACAAGUCCCUUAAUACGGACACCUCCUUAACAGGGACACUUUCAAUGCCCCCCUCAGUGAAUGUAUUAAUGGGGUUUGACUGUACUUGGAUUUAUAAAUACUUGACUGUAAUUUCUUGACACUUGGUGUUUUCAGGGUGCUUUUAGCCGUUUGGAUCCCACUGGACAAUUUCGAAAACUAGUCACCGAACGCAUCCCUGCCGGUAGACUCGGUGAAAUCCCAGAGUUAGCCAACCUUGCAGCAUACCUUGUUAGUGAUUAUUCCAGCUGGAUAACAGGAGAGGUAACUUUUUUGCAAUAUCAACACAUAAUAGUGGUCAAGUGCAAGCCCAGGGGAGUGUUACUCUCUUUAACAGCCUAUACGGGAAGGCUCCAUCCGAAAAAGGGUUCAUUUUUCAGGCUUCAGGUAUAUGAAAGGGUAGGGGCUUCACUAGUUGAAGUAUAUGAAUGGGUGGGGAAAUCUGUCAUUUUGGUCUAUAAAAAGGCUUAAAAUGAGAUGCAUUUUAAGACUGAAAUAAAGUGAGCAGUAAGGGAAGUGAAGUUCUAGGGAUAUGAAAGGGGUACCAUUUGGCAGUAGAAGUACAUGAGAGGGGUUUCUUUUCUGUUCAAAAUGGUAUUAAGAAGGAUAAGCGGUUGGACCUCAGGGCAGAGCAUACAAAACUCUUUAAAAACUCAUAGAUGGGGGAAAGUUGACAAGAUGUGUGUUUUCACUGCAGGUUGUUGUAUUUGAUGGUGGAGAGUAUGUUUCUAUGGCUGGUGAAUUUAAUGAAUUUAGAAAGGUAAAGGUAUUUUAAUGUUUAAAUGUUUCCCCCCUCUUUCCAUUUGCACUUGAUCAAGUGCUCAAAUUCCUCAUCUGUUUGUUCUUUCAGGUUCCAAAUGAAAUGUGGGACCAAAUGGAAGCAAUGAUAAGAAAAACAAAGGGCUCUUGA